UUAACACACUAAUAUCCCUGUCUACUCUAGAUAUAAUACUACAGGAUGGAAUAUCGUCAUAGAAAUCCAUAGAUUGGACUGCUAGCAGUACAUCUUGUUUUGUAUAUCUAUGUGCGCUUGUCCUCGAUAAUGAUGUAUGGUGUAGGGCGGGAGCAUCACAUUUGUUCCUUCCCGGAAAUAAUUAGCCCCCACACUAGAAUGAGACAGAAAAAGAGACGUCUUUGGACAGAUUUUUUUACGGGGUAAAGGGCAUCUGACGAGCCAGAAGAUGAGCCUACAACCUCGAAGAAAACAAAAUCUAUGCUAAUUCCCAAUCACUAAAGACCCAUGAACUGUGAAGGAGUGGAUUUGUGACCCGUACGUGAAUAAACCGAGUGAUUCGAGCAUGUCUGUGCAACAGGAAUAUCAGCUUGUAGAGAUCGCAAAUCACGGUGACCUUAAACGUACAUUUGAGACGGCAACUCUACCGAGGUUCUGGAUUAAUGUCAUUUCGGAAUAUCCUGACAUCGCAAGGAGAGCACUGAAAACUGUGCUACAAUUUCUAACAUCGUAUCUUUGUCAAGUGGGCUUCUCUCACUCUCCCAUCUUAGGACCAUCUCGUCUCAACGAAACAAGCUCAGGCAUCCCACUGAUUCAGCGGCGCACUUGAGAAGAAAAGUCAUUUGGUGAUCACAGAAGAGAACAAAAACUCUCAACUUUAAGGACUUAAUCGGCGAUUAAAACAAACAAUGGCUGAAGAACUCAAGGCAGUGAGAACAGAGUUUGCCAAUAAGGUGUCCUCGACUAUAUUAGAACAAGUUAUGGACAAUCUUUUGGAUGACAAUGUCUUCAAUCCUGGGGAGAGCGAGGCUAUACUUGAUGUGCCGAAGACCAGAGCACAAAAAGCUCGUCACUUCAUUGAGACAGUGAGUAACAAAGGUGAUGACGCAAGCUGGAAGAUGAUCCAUCACCUGUAUAAAAGAGAUCCAAAGCUCGCCAAGGAAUUGGGCCUGCCUGCUCAGUCGCCCCAAGCUGCCUCAUUGAUGGAAAAUAAAUGGUCGUCUACGCUCAUCCCUUGUAAAACGGCCUUUUGGAAUUCCAUGAAGAAUAAUUCAAAGGUUUACCCUGUGACCAAAGAAUCCAUAAAGAAUCGCGUUGCUCUGCUCAUCACCAAUAUAAAGUUUAAGGACAGCAGUCUGAACAGAGAUGGAGCAGAGGCAGAUGAGCAGAACAUGCAUAGACUGUUGCGUGAUUUCGGAUAUGAAGUUGUCCCAUACACAAACUGCACUGGAGAGGAAAUCAAUGAGGCUGUCAUCAAUUUCUCCAAACAUCCCAAACUCCAACACACAGACAGUGUGAUAGUAGUGAUCAUGUCUCAUGGAAAAUUGGGAUCAGUUUGUGGCGUCAACUGGAAUAAAUUUCAAAAGAAUGAUGAUGAAGAUUUGUUUGCCAUCGACAACAUUUUCAAGCACCUUGACCCAAAAAAGUGCCAAGCGCUGUUGGACAAACCCAAGCUCAUCAUCAUCCAGGCCUGCAGAGGAGUUGAAGAGGGCUCAGUGGGCAUCAGGGAUGACGCUAAGGGGCUGGUUUCCGAUAGUGCUCAGCAAGCGGGUCCAUCCGCGUCUGCUGAUGACGCCAACAUCGUGGAGGAUGGCGUACGAUUUGUGCACAAAGAGAAAGAUUUAAUCCUUUUUCUCUCUUGCACCCCUGGUACGGUCUCGUACAGACACCCAAUCAAGGGCUCUCUACUUAUUCAAUUCAUUGUUGAUGCGCUCUACACUCAUGCAUGUGAGGAACAUAUUGAGGAGAUUUUCAGAAUCGUCAUGUAUCGCUUUGGAAAACUGCCAUUUGUGACGAAAAAACAGAUGCCAUCUAAAGAUAGAUGCACCUUGGAAAAGCAGUUCUACCUGUUUCCAGGCAUUGAUUCCUGAUCACUUCAAAGCACAUUAACAUCAUAUUAUGGAAGUUCUUUAUCACAAUUGCUGCCGUUAAUGGCAGUAGAUGUCAAAUCCAUUUUAAUUAAAUAAGAGGGCAAAAAAGGAAAUUGAUGCUAAUAGUGUCUUGAACAGCUUAUCUUUGCAAUUAAAUGUACUGGAUAUUUUGGACUAUUAAGUCGCACUGGACAAUAAGUCACAUUUUUGGGGGAAAUUUAUUUUAUAAAGUGCAAAACCCAAGAACAGAUAUGUCAUCUUGAAAGGCAAUUUAAAAUAAAAAUAGAGAAAGUUUCUCGCUAACUCCAGACUUACUUUCUACUGCUUGAGUACCGUUUUUGGCUGCAUUUUUCACUAUUUGCAGCUUGUAAUGUGCAGAACAUGAUUUUUUUUACGGUGACAUUUUGUUCAGCCCUUCUCAGUUGUUUUUAUAAGUUACCGCCAAUGUUGAAAUGCAGGCCUUGAGCACCUCCUUGCGGUUUCGUGUGAAAAUAAUGUGGAAUGCUAUAAUAAUGUGUUACUAUUUCACACAUAAGUUGCUCCAGACUACAGCGGUACUGCUUCAAAUUAAUUAAAUUUCUUCCAGGACCUAGUUUGUAAAUCGAAAUGGUUGUAUGUCGUGCGCUAUUUUCCAAUAAGAAUACUGUGCAUUAUAAUUUAAUUUAUUUGUUCCACGCCCCCAAAAACCUAUGCUAAAUCCUUAACUCUUAAAGUUGUUGCCUCAAUUGUCAGUGAAUCCCAAAAUUUGAAAAAUAAGGUCGUAAUGGAAGCUUUUUUUUUCUCUCCAAAUUAUUAAAAAAACAAAAAAAAAACAAAUGAAUGUGCUCAAAUAUCUAUAACACUUGAUAAAUGCUGAUUUUUCUUUUCUCAUGGAACCUGCAGAUACAUGUGUUGACUUGCAGCCAUCAAUCCUUUUGAGAAAUAAAGUCUAAAAAAUCAUUAAAUUCUGGUGUAUCAAAUGUGAUACAUAUGACUAUAAAGGGUUAAUACAUACUGCAGGUACAAUUACAAAUAUCAAUUACACAUAGCUAAACAAAGAAAUUAUAAAUAAAAACCAUAAUAAAUAUGAAUCAUCUUAACUUAUAGUGCCUGGCGAACGGAGGUCGGAGGAGACGGUGGGUGGAAGUCUCUUUAUCCUUAAUCCAAUCAACAAAAGGCGUUCCAUCUCCUUAAUUGCGCAGUGAUGUUUAGAGAGCCGUCCCCUAGGAUGCUUUGACCACUUUGAUGGCUUCCAUCUGCUUGAGGACCGCUGAGAUCGUACACAUAUUCCAGCCGUAUUGUCGAGCUAAUUCACUGACGCGCACACUUCGCUCAUAUUUUUCUGUCAUUUCCUUCUUAAUUUCAAUGGUAAGCGUCACCUUUUUCCUUUUUUCACCACCUGCCCUAACCUUCUUGGGACCCAUGUUGAUUUCUCACAAGAAAGUCCGCUGUGGUGUCGUCUUGCGGGAAAACAAUGAAAUUGCGACACUGUUGUAAAUCAGCGCAUUUCGAGAUUGUCAUAUGUCCACACAAAUGACGAGUCAAAUUUUACGUCGAAUGUCCAAAGGAUAGUAUGUCGAAGUACCACUGUUUUAAGUCGCACCCCCCCGACUAUGACAAAUCUGCGACCUAUUGUCCGAACAAUACGUACUGUAGUUGUUCUCUCCUUGCAGAAAAAUGUGACUAAAAUGCUUUCUAAAACAAACAGGCUUCCAUUCUUGGACACAUGCAAGAAAAGAAAAACAUUUUAAAAAAACAAAAUUAACUAUUUUGACUGCAAAUCCAAAAGUUUGUAACACAUUCUAUCUAAUGCAUGGAAUCACUCUAUACAAUAUAACGUUUAGCCAUUAUUUCAAUAUCGAAAUAAAACCUUUUUGAGAAUUU